CAGGGCUGGGCGUCUGAGGGCGUGCGGGGCGAAGGCUCGGUCUCGAUCGCAACGCGGCACAGGACAGCUCGACUAGUCGGUAGUGCCUUCCCUCAUCUCCGGUCCGCGCGAGCAGAGGCGGCGGCUCCACCACGAAGGCGAGAUGGAGGGCACUGGAAUAAGGUAGGCAGGGCAGUACAGUGAUGCGCUGUGACAAGACUGCUGAUCCCCGUGGUCCUGGGAAGGGAGGAGUUAAUCCCACUUCAUAAGUGUAUCGGCAGUCUGUGCGCCUGCAUCAGCAGGAAGAUCAUUAUGUAAUGGAAGACAGAAGUUGUCUGUGUAUUUAUGGAAAUUGGGAAGAUGAGAGACUUAUGGCUAAUACUGUGCUGAGACAUCUGGGGGAGCUAGGAAAGUAAUUGACUGAGUUGUGGCUUGCUUAAGCUCCAGAUAUGCCAUUAUUUGCAAGGUUAAGAAAUGAGGAAUGCCUUGGACUUGUGAGUAAAAACUGGUUGCUAAGUCAGAAAAGAAGUGCUUGCAGUUCUGUGCUCUCCCAUAAGACCAGCAUUUCCGUGAGCUUCUCCGCUUAUCACAAGUUGGGAAUCUCUUGGGAAAAUGGUCAAAAUGACUUGGGGUUUCAUGUGUUUCAAUUUCACACUGCAUGUGAAUGAGUCUUUAAAAUAGAAGAAUUUUAACCCCACAUUGAGAAAAUCUUCUCACUUAUCUACCAGACGUUCAGUGUCCUGCAUUCAUGGAUGAACUAAGUCAAUGGCAAUCUAUCAGUGGAAAGAUCUCCAAAUAAAGCAAUAUAUUUGAAAGAAAACUCCUGGGGGGGGGAAAUUAUAUAAAUUUAAGAAAUAUAAUUUGCUUUUCUUAAAUGAAUGAGUGUUGUGAAGUAAUAUGAUGAUUCUCUUAGUGGUAAGAUACGUGUGGUUGUGCUCAGAAUAUGAUCCUGUGCAUGUAGCAGUAAUGCUGCAUGAAUGGCAGUAACUCAAAGUGCCUCCCUUCAAAUGUCAUUCAUAUUAAUGUCCUCUGCCAAGACAACACCAAAGAUAGGCUUCUGGUGGUCACUGAGACAGGGAUCCCAGUUGUUCCCUCCAGCUAGUACUUGCAAACAGGAUGUACUCCAGAAGAAGAAGAAUGCUGUCUUGGUGGAUGGAGUCAUCCUGAAUGGUCCAAUAACUGAUUCAAAAGCAGGAGAGAAAUUUGUGGAAGAGGCCUGUAAGAUCAUAAUGGAAAAAAUAAUCCAGAAAGCUGAUGAUGUUACAGAAAAGGUUUGUGAAUGGCGGGCCCCUGAAACACUGAAGAAGAUUCUUGAUCUGGAAAUGAGAGACACUGGAGAAUCUCAUCAGAAACUCUUGCAGCUCUGCCAGGAUGUGAUACAGUACAGUGUCAAAACCAAUCAUCCAAGAUUUUACAAUCAGCUGUACGCUGGAAUAGAUUAUUACUCAUUAGUGGCUCGUUUCAUUACUGAAGCAUUGAACCCAAGUGUAUACACAUAUGAAGUAUCACCUGUAUUUCUGUUAGUGGAAGAAGCAGUCAUCAAGAAAAUGAUUGAAUUCAUAGGCUGGGAAGAAGGUGAUGGCAUAUUUAAUCCAGGUGGCUCUGUUUCUAAUAUGUAUGCUAUGAACUUAGCAAGAUACAAGUUUUGUCCAGAGAUAAAGGAAAAAGGGCUCUCAGGUUUGCCAAGACUAGUCCUGUUCACUUCGGAAGAGUGUCAUUACUCCAUGAAGAAGGCAGCCUCUUUCCUGGGUAUUGGUACGGAGAACGUUUACUUCAUCAAAACAGAUGAAAGAGGUAAGAUGAUACCUGAGGAACUGGAGAAACAAGUCCAACGGGCCAGGAAAGAGGGGUCAGCACCAUUUCUUGUCUGUGCUACUGCAGGCACAACAGUACUGGGAGCAUUUGAUCCUCUGGAUAAAAUUGCUGAUAUCUGUGAAAAGCAUCACCUCUGGCUUCAUGUUGACGCUUCUUGGGGCGGCUCAGCUUUGAUAUCAAGAAAGCAUCGCAGACUUCUUCAUGGUAUUCAAAGGGCAGAUUCUGUUGCCUGGAAUCCCCACAAAAUGCUGUUGGCAGGAAUUCAGUGCUGUGCUCUUCUGGUGAAAGACAACUCUGGCCUCCUGAAGAAGUGUUACUCUGCCAAGGCUGCAUACCUGUUCCAGCAGGACAAGUUCUAUGAUGUCAGCUAUGACACUGGUGACAAGUCCAUUCAGUGCAGCAGACGUCCAGAUGCAUUCAAAUUCUGGCUCAUGUGGAAAGCAUUGGGAACCACAGGCCUUGAGGAGAGAGUGAACAGAGCACUGGCUUUGGCUAGAUAUCUUGUGGAAGAAAUUAAGAAAAGAGAAGGAUUUCAGCUUCUUUUGGAGCCGGAGUACGCAAAUGUUUGUUUUUGGUACAUUCCACCAAGCUUGAGAAAAAUGGAGGAUGGACCUGAAUUUUGGCAGAAGCUACACCGGGUUGCUCCUGUAGUUAAAGAAAGGAUGAUGAAGAAGGGCAGCAUGAUGCUUGGGUACCAGCCUAACCAAGGCAAAGUCAACUUCUUCCGCCAGGUGGUGAUCAGCCCACAAGUGAGUCGAGAGGACAUGGACUUCUUGCUGGAUGAGAUAGAACUGCUUGCCAAGGACUUGUAGCUGUAACUCUACAGCACCGGGCACUGCUUGUGUGUGAUGAUUAUGGAGACAGAAUGGCAGCAGUGCUCUGGUGCUAUUGUGUGAAAGGUAGUAAAAAGCUUGACGUAUAGUUUGGAAACUAUCAUUUAACAUUGUGACGUUCAGAGUUUUGCAGGUAGAAUUCCCCUCCACAGGAAAGUAUUUGCUGAUGGAAGCUGGGACAGGGCAGUGCCUGCAGCACCACGGCCAUUCUGGGAAGCGUUUCCUGGAGCAGGGAGCACUUCUGAAAAUGGUGUCUUUAUCCCAGAGAGGGCUGCUAUUCAUGGGGUGCCUGCGUAGCUCGGACUGAUUGCUUAUAUAGGCAGGCAAUAUUCCUCUGAAGUUACUGUUAGUAGCAAAUUUAGCUCAGUGAGCUUUAAAACACUCAUUAGUACUCUGUCUACUUUGUCAAUAUUUUAGUUUGGUAUGAAUUUAAGAGUAGAGACCUGGCUGAUAUUUACACUGAUAAGACUGGAAAUUGUGAACUUCAAUGAAGAGUUCCUCAAGGAACUCAGUUGUCCUCAAGGAACAGUUAGGUGAAUUGCCCAAAUUUCCCACUGUGAGCACUACUACAGGCAGCAGAACAACGCGAAGCUGUGCUGUCACCAUCCUUGAGGUUAGCAGGACCUGGCUGGACAAAGCCCCAAGAAGUCAACACUGACCUUGCUUUGAGACAGUAGAGCUAGAUGACCUCUUAAGGUCCCUUCCAACCUAAACGACUUGUGGUUCUGUAAAAUCAAAUAGUUGGGCCUGGUCACUGUUUGCCAACGUUGCCUACACUGCAAUAGCAGUGCUGAGAAUAUUGGAAGUGUCAGAAAUUCAGAAAUUCUUACCUCUUUGGUUAUAGUUAUAAUUUCUGAACUAUAUUUAAAGCAUAAGUAUUUAUUUAAUGGAUUUAGAUGCACUUUAAAAUUAUAACAGAUGAAAAAAAAAAGUAUAUGUACCUGAAAGAUAUGUAUUUUUAAACUUGGCAACUAUAUGUUAAACAUGUAGAAAAGUGAUAGUUUUCACCGUCAGUCUGUAUUUGCCUAUAUUAGAUAUGAGAUGACUUGAUUUUAUGUUAUCAGUGUAUAAUUUAUACUUUGGCACUGAAAUCAACGUGGAGGUGAUCAGUGAUAGCCUGCCUGUUUUUAUGAUGGGAGCCAUCAAGUAUCUUUUGUUAAUCUUAUGUUGCAAAGUUAAGUUCUAAACUUUGUGUUAAGAAUUACAGUAUCCUUUUGAUUUGUUGUCAUUCUAGAUAUAAAAGGGGCAGCUUUGUAAAGCUAGAGAUGUAUUUCUUGGAGUGAAUUUCUUGCAACAGACUAAUGAGAAUAACAUAUUUCAUCAUCUGAUUAACACCUACUUACCUUAUUGUUUUGAUGUUUGUUCCUUAUUUUGUUUUUGAGAUAGCACUGACCAAUGCAGAUCUUUGUGCUGUAAUGUGUUGAUGAAAGUUGUCUUUAAACACAAUGCUUUUAUGUUUUCAUUUCUCACGUUAUGCUAGGAUCCAACAUCGCGUGACAUUCCUACUUCCCACCUCCAGGAUGAUGGUAUGGAAAGUUUAGCAGGGUCAUGAUAACCUAGGAGGUCACACUGUCAGAGCAGUAGAUAGAAGGAGGAGUCAAAUCUGCAGAACUUGACAGAUGUCCUUAACAGUGUCCUGGAAGUGAUUAUUCUGUUGCUAUUACAGCGAGUCACUGGAUAUUAAGCUGAACUCCACAUUGAUAUUAACAUAAAAAUAAAUGGCACAACAUGGCCCCUUGAUUCUGCACUGUAAUAUUCGCAGAAUGCUUUAUCAUUUACUAUCUAGUGCUUCUGGGUAUGCCAGUUGUUAUGGUUUUGUAAAGCACAUAACUAAAUGCAGGGCCCACAAAGCUUAUUUAGCCUCUCAGCCACUCUGGGUGGAGUGCAGAGCAUGUCAAGGGCUGCUGGAUGGAUGCGAUGACUUCGCUGUUGCUUCUGAAGGUAGAUAGGACUGUUAACCCUUCACUUUUUCUUUUUUGUCCUUGAAGGGAGAGAGAAUACUGUCAGGAUUCUUUUAUUGUUAUCCAGAGUCUUGGUGAGUACUUAAUUUUUUGACUCAGAGGAAGUGUGUCACUUGCUGUCAGCUGAGAAUUUGACCUGGUGUUUUGUGACACCACUACUGUCAAAAAAGUGUUGUUUCUUUCCAUGUCAGCACAUUUUUCUGUUUCCAGGUACUGUGGGACUUCUGUCACAUGUUGGGUUGAAGUAGCAGUUUCUCCUGUGUCAGUAGUGGCUAUAGUUCUUUUUUUAAAUGAGGGGAAAAUGGAACUUUUUCAGUGUUUGCAGAAAGUGUGUCUCAGAUCAACAAGUACACUGAUGUUUUCAAAGGUAUGGUUUAACCUUUCAGUGUGAUGUGAGUGCCUUAUCUGAUGUCUCUGUAUCUUCUUGUGUUUCUGACCCCUUAUCACGUCCAUUGUGGUCUCAUUUCAGGACUAUUGUAAUUUUUUUCAUAGUUGCUUAUUUAGGAUUGGGAUGUUCGAAAUGGCUAUUUUGUAGCUGAUGAUUUUAAUAAAAAGUGAAGUAAAUGACACCCAUAUAAAUGUAGGCUGUGUUUGUAAUUUCUCGAUCUAAAACUGCAGAGAUGUGUACAAGAGAGGUACCAAUGAGCUCUCCAGAUGGAGAAACAGCAAGCUGCCUGCACAGCUUUAGAAUGUGAAACCUAGCUUAACCAUGCUUCAGGAUGUGGUUUGUCUGUGUGCUGUGCCCUUAUCAUCUUUAAUAAACAUCUUGGAUGAAAA